AUGGCGAAACCUGUUCCAACACCACUGACAAUAGGCUUCGAACUGGAGAUUACCUUGAUACCGAAAUCACCAACCCAGAUCCCCGGAUUUCUCGAGGCUGACAGAGAUACUUCUGGCAGCGAUGCACGGCGUAUCAAACGGCAUAACUCUGUAUUGAUACACGCAUUCAUAGAGGAUGCCCUGAACCCUAUUAGACCUAGAUCAACAGACCCGCCCUACUUGCACUGGACAGUGAGUACCGAUAGCAGUAUCCGACCUACACAGGAUUUCUAUGCAGUAGAAAUUCAGUCACCUAAGUGUACUACGGUGGAUCCAGAUGCAUGGCCCAAACUGGUCAGUCAAGUGUUCGAUGUACUCCGCCAGUCCUUCAUGCUGCGCAGCGAGGUCUCCUGUGGGAUUCACGUACAUACAUCCCUUGCAACAACUUCUUGGCGUUUGUCCGAUCUCCGAUCGAUUGCUAGGGCUGUAGUGAUGUUCAGCGGCAUGUUCACCGCUCUAUAAUGGG